UCAGGACCAACUAGAAAACACAUUAUAAACUUUUUAGUUUAUUGCGAUAGAGGCACCGUGUUUCACAAAUCAGUUGAUGCCUCUGAUGUGCCAAGCAGAACAGCUGAAUAUUAUUUCAGGUAAUUUUCUAAUUUUAAUUGUAUAUGCAAAUAGUAUUAUGGACUUGCAUGUUUUUAAUUAAAUAGUAGUAAUUAUUGAAUCUAUAAUUUCAUUUCAGAUUAAUGGAUGAGGUGGUUGAAGAAAUUGGAGAGGAGAAUGUUGUUCAAGUAGUGACUGAUAAUGAAGCUGCAAUGAAGGCAGGAGGAAAAUUAUUGAUGCAGAAGAGGCCCAAUCUCUAUUGGACAGCAUGUGCAACUCAUUGCAUAGACCUUAUUCUUGAAGAUAUUGGUAAGAAAAGUAACGUGAAGAAGGUCUUAGAAGAUGCAAAAACAAUAACCUCAUUUAUUUACAACCACACAUGGACAGUGAAUUGCAUGAAGAAAUUCACAAAUAAUAGAGAGUUACUUCGCCCUGCCAUCACUCGAUUUGCCACAAAUUUCAUUGCUUUGGAGACUAUUGUCAGGCAUAAACAAGCACUAAGGGAAAUGUUUACAUCUGAUGCUUGGAAAAACUCAAGAUUUGGAAUGGCAAAAUCAGGCCCAGCAUAUGAUUCGAAGAAAAUUAUCUUAGGCAAAGAGUUUUGGCAAAAGGCCCCUGAUAUAAUUAAAGUGCAAGAACCCUUGGUGAAAGUUCUUAAAUUGGUUGAUGGUGAUGAAAAACCAACCAUGGGCUUCAUAUACAAGGCAAUUGAUAGGGCGAAGUUGGCCAUUCAAAAAGAUUGUCGGUUUUACAAAGACUAUUGGAAAAUUAUUGACAACCGGUGGAGUUUUCAGUUGCACCAAGAUUUGCACGCUGCUGGGUAUUUUUUGAACCCACAAUUUCUUUAUGGUGCCUCACCCUCUCCUGAAGUUGCUAGAGAAGUCAUGGAUGGAGUUAAAAAAGUGAUAACCAAGUUGGUACCCGAUAUAGAUACUCAAAUUCGAGCUAUUAAUCAAUUGUUGCUAUAUCGAGAUAGGCAGGAGACUUUUGGAACCCCAUUGGCUUAAAAGGCAGUGAAACAAACAAAUCCUGCUGAAUGGUGGAUUCAUUAUGGCUUGUGUGCUCCUGAACUCCAAAGAAUAGCAAUUAGAGUUCUUAGCCAGACCACAUCAGCUUCGAACUGUGAGCGUAAUUGGAGCACCUUUAGCCUCAUCCAUACGAAAACAAGAAAUAGAUUCAAGUACAUGAGACUACAAAAACUUGUUUUCGUACAUUACAACAUGAGGUUAAAGUUAAGACGUACAAUGAGAAGAAGCCAACGAGAAAUUGAAGAGGGUUUCAAUCCUAUCAAUUUGGACUACAUUUUCGAAGAAGAUGAUCCUUUAAGUCAAUGGUUAGAGGAGAGAGAGACACCACUACUCGACGGUCAGGACAAUUCAAAUUGGUUAAAUGAAGAGGUUGGUGGUACUACAGAAGGAGGUGAUCAACCACCAAUAAACGCGCAUGAUGAUUCAAGUUCAAGCCCUGAACGUACACAAAGUGAUGACAAUCUUGGUUUGAGCCCACCAAGUGAUGAUGAUGGUAAUAGUGGUGCUGGAGCUGAGGUUGGGGGGGGUGGCAGUGGUGGUGGUGGAGGCGGCGGUGUAGAAUAUAAUUAUGGAUAUGAUACAGGGAUAUCAUUUGGAAGGGAUAUAUAUCCUUCUGAUCCUUAUGGACUACAUGACAUACCUGAAAAUUAUGACUUGGGUAUUCCUCCAGGGAACCAAUCUUCACAACCCAGGAGAAUGAGUGCUCGUGGUGACCCUAACGAUUCUACUGAAGAUUCAUAUGGUGUGGUUCGUAGUUUUGGCGACUUUGGUUUAGAUGGUUCAUCAUCACAAUCAUAUGGAUCUCAUCCAGCAUAUCCACAUUAUGCAUCUCGUGACUCACAUUUUUAUCCCAGUGGAUCAGGAAUCUCAGGAUCUAGUGAGUCUUCUUCUACACACUACCCAGAGCCAGCCCCUGCCCCAACUUAUAGACAUUAUUCAGGAGAAUUUUCAUCACCAGUACAUUUUCAAGAGCAACAACAAAAUGACGUAAACUUGGGUUCAUUCAACUAUGUAUUUCCACAAGGAUGGGGAGAUAAUUUCCCAUCCCAAUCCCAAGAUACAGAUGCAAAUUAUGAAGACCCUCCACGUCAUUCUUUUUGGUGGUGACAUGUGUUAUGUUAUAAAUUUGUAAUAUUGUAUUCAUGUAUUUUCAACUAUUUAUUGAUAUUUGAUAUUAAUCACUUUUUAAAUU